AUGUUCUCUUCCACUUUUCUUCCAAGUAAUAAUGAGAAAACUAUACCUCCUCAAUCAGCAACUUUUCAUAUACAACCACAUUCAAAACAAAAGGUUGCCUAUUUUCAUCAUAAAGAUGUUGGAAACUUUCAUUUUGGUUUGCAACAUCCAAUGAAGCCUCAUCGUUUGACUUUAACAAAUGAUUUGGUUAUGAGCUAUGGACUUCACGAAAGAAUGACCGUGUAUUGUCCUCCUAAAGCAACUGAUGAUGAAUUAAUGGAAUUUCAUGAAACAGAUUAUGUAAAAUUCUUAAAAAACGUGACACCAGAGAAUUCUGAAGAUUUUGUUGAGGAUUUUUCAAAAUUCAACAUAAGUGAGGAUUGUCCAAUAUUUGAAGGGUUGUAUGAUUUUUGUCAAAUAUAUGCAGGUGCUUCGAUAGCCGCAGCGCAUCAAUUAGCAUCAGACGCGGCUGAUAUAUGUAUUAAUUGGAGUGGUGGAUUACAUCAUGCAAAAAGAUUUGAAGCUUCGGGAUUUUGUUUCGUGAAUGAUAUAGUUUUGGCAAUACAACAUUUAUUAAGGUUUUAUCCUCGUGUCUUGUAUAUCGACAUUGAUAUACAUCAUGGUGAUGGUGUACAAGAAGCAUUUUAUGCUACAGAUCGAGUUAUGACAGUAUCAUUUCACAAAUAUGAUAGUGGUAGUUUCUUUCCGGGAACUGGAAAUAUAAACGAGAUUGGUUACGGGUUAGGCAAAUUUUUUUGUCUUAACGUACCUCUUAAGGAUGGGAUCGAUGAUGAAACCUAUUUUUCAUUAUUUAAAGAUGUAAUAUCAGAUGUAAGAGAUCAUUAUCAACCAAGUGUUAUCGUUUUACAAUGCGGAGCAGAUUCACUUGGAAAAGAUAGAUUAGGAGGCUUUAAUAUAAGUAUUAAAGCUCAUGGAGAUUGUGUUCGAUUCGUAAAGAGUUGGCAAAUUCCUUUAUUAGUUCUUGGGGGAGGUGGAUAUAGAAUUCACAAUGUAGCAAGAUGUUGGACUUAUGAAACAGGAAUUUUAGUUGAUGCAGAAUUACCACCUGAUUUGCCAGAAAGGACUCGAUUUUAUAAUUUCUUUGGUCCGGAUUUUUCAUUACAUCCUCCACUUGUAAGAAAAAUUGAUAAUUUUAAUACAAAGUCCGAGUUACAAAAAAUUUCUCAACAAGUUCAUGAAUUAUUAAGAUUCUUGGAUGGUGCUCCAAGUGUUCAAAUGCAAGAACUUCCAGGAGAUUUACAAUGUUUAUUGGAUGAAUCUGAUGAAGAAUUAAGAGAUGCAAGAGAGGAUCAAACUGUUGAUAUUAGAAGUAGAAAACGUUUAAU